AUGCAGGUGCCUAGUUUAUUUAACUUUAUUUAUUAUCAUUAUCAUUAUUUUAAAUUUAUCAGAUGAUAUCGUUAAAGAUUGUUUUUGAGAUUUAUCUGCCUUUUUAUCAAUAAGGAUUUAGAAAUGCAAAGACUAGCAAAAACUAACGAUAAAAACCGACGUUUCGGUGUCAUCAUGACGCCAUUGUCAAGGAGAAAUAAAGAAUGAAGUUUGUGGCAAAGUGUAACAUUAAAUUAGCAUAAAUAUGUUACGAGCUAAUUAAACAAAUACUUUUGCGCGAAUUGAAUCGCUUUGCACGUUCAGAGUGGGUUUUAAGUCUCUGAUGAAAAGCAUUUCGUUCACCAAACAAUCGAACUUGUUACUACACUUUUUCAGAAUGCUAAAACGUUUCAGUAGGUCUUUCGGGACUUCGCUGUGCUGUUCGUGGUAGUGUUUAUAUAUUGAAGAUGCCUUUCGUUUAUGUCCAUCCACGCGUGUGUGUAAGUGUCCGCGUGUAUAGCCCACAUAACCCGCAUCACACAGGUCACAUUGAAAUUGAUAAACGACGCGUUGUUGGUUGACAAUCUGUGGCUUGAUUUCUCGUACUUUAAGAUCUUGGCUUACUUUGCGGCUAACGAAUACUGGCUGGACAGUUGUCUGCACCUUCAUGCUAAGAUUCUUGAGCUCUUUCUUAACAUAAUUUGCUGAUUCUUGAUCUUUGAAAGGUAUGACCACACGAACAAUGGAUAUUGGUUCUUUGGGCGUCUGUGUGGGCUGCGUACCAACAAUUCUUGAUUGUAAGAAGGUGUUAAUGGUAGAAUUUACCAGGCGCCCCGGGUAUUUAAGCCGUGCGAAAACUUUCUUUAGGCGAUCACACUCAUCAGAGAAAUGGGCCCAGGAGGAAGAUAAUCGGUGUGCGCGAUCCAGCAUAGUUUUCAGCAAGCUCCGUUUGUAGCGAUUGUCUACAUGGCUUUGGUAGUGUAAUAGUAGGCCCGUGUUUGUUGGUUUCACAUAUACCUUGGUUUCAAUCCGAGGUGCAUGGUUGAGUAGUUCGGUGCCAAGGAAAGGAAGCUUGCUGUUCUUCUCCACCUCCAUGGUGAAUUUGACCGAAGUGUGGGCGCUGUUGAGGGUAUGCAAGAAGGUAGUUGCUGUUGCUAGAUCAGGCAUUACAGUGAGUGUAUCAUCAACAUAUCGACGAUAAUAGGAUGGAAGUUUUCUUUGUCGCUCAAGGGUAUCUUCGAUGGAUGACAUGAAGACGUUUGCUAAUAAGGGCCCGAGAGGGGACCCCAUAGCAACGCCAUCUGUCUGUUCGUAUAGAGCUCCGUUAAAUUGAAAUAGUUGGCCUUUGGUGGCUACGUUUAGGAGGUCAAUAAGAUCUGUUCUGGUAAGGGCAAGAUUGUGAGUAGUAUUGAACCAAUUGUUCGAAAAGGCUCUGUUAACCAAGAUCUCUAUUGUUUCGUCCAAAGGCACGUUCGUGAAUAACGAGGAGACAUCAUACGAAACCAAGAUUUCACCCUUGUUGAUCUUCAGCUCGUGAAUCUCUUUUGUGAAAUCAAAAUUAUCAGUAACUGUAUACUGAUUAAGGGACAAGGGCUUCAAUUUCUCGUCGAGCCAUUUAGCAAGGGGAAAAUUGUACGUGUCGGUGGCUGAUAAUAUAGGCCUCAUAGCCAAUGGUUCUUUGUGGGUUUUGGCAACCCAUAUAAAUGUGCUAAUCUGGAACCUGUAGGGCUCACGGAAUCUGCAAUGGUCUUCGGUAGAAUUCUACGAACAAUGGAAUCUAGGAUCUUCUCUUUCUGUAGUAGGGGGUGGUAAUAUUUGGAUGGUCUGCCCCUGGUCUUGGGUUUCUCCAGGGGAAUGGCACGGAACUUGCUUGUAUCAUUGACUGAGGCUUCAGAAAGUAAUCGCAAGUAUUCGGUUUUGUCUAGAACCACAACACCAGACCCUUUGUCGGGUUUCGUGAUAACUAUGUCGUCGCGUCCUUUUAACUCCUCUAUAGCUCUCAACAAUGUCUUUGGAGGUUUCGGACUCUUGCGUUCGAUGUAAUUGAGUGCAACGAAACGUAACGUUGCUGCAGAUAAUUCCUUUAAAUUAUCAUCAUUGAGGUGGGGUUCAAGGCUCCAAUAGGCCUUUUCAAAGCUUGCUUUAACGUCCAUGGGAGACACACGUUGAGGAAUGGCAAAUGUUAAUCCUCGGCAAAGGACCAGUCUCUGAAAAAAGGAGAGGUUGUAGGAUGAUAGGUUCAAAAUAUGUUCGUCAACAUCCAUUUCGAUGUUGAGCAGCCGUGAGAUCUUCUUCGUGUGAGUAUUAGUAACUUCCUGAUGAUAUUUCUUUUUAAGGCUAACCAUAGUGCGUAGAACGCAGGUGUAGCGAAGCAAACUACAGCUCCGGCGAAUCUCAUCGUAGAUGGAAUUGAUCGCGCGUUUUAGAUAAGCACUCUGUUUGAUCUUUCCAUUUAGUUCCUCAGAGAUGACAUUCCUUGUAAAGGUUUCGGAAGAGUGCUUCCAUUUAGAACGCCUUGCUUUGUCGACCUUAGCGAAAGUUGGAGUUAGGUCAAAGUUCUGACAGAGUCUGAGGAAUUCGAUUGAGCCAUCGCAGUUAAUCUGUUUCUUGCUGCAUUGUUCAAGUCUCCUGAACAAAUGUAGCUGAUUAUCGCGUUUUAAGAUUCUUAUCAAUAAGGAUUUAGAAAUGCAAAGACUAGCAAAAACUAACGAUAAAACCGACGUUUCGGUGUCAUCAUGACGCCAUUGUCAAGGAGAAAUAAAGAAUGAAGUUUGUGGCAAAGUGUAACAUUAAAUUAGCAUAAAUAUGUUACGAGCUAAUUAAACAAAUACUUUUGCGCGAAUUGAAUCGCUUUGCACGUUCAGAGUGGGUUUUAAGUCUCUGAUGAAAAGCAUUUCGUUCACCAAACAAUCGAACUUGUUACUACACUUUUUCAGAAUGCUAAAACGUUUCAGUAGGUCUUUCGGGACUUCGCUGUGCUGUUCGUGGUAGUGUUUAUAUAUUGAAGAUGCCUUUCGUUUAUGUCCAUCCACGCGUGUGUGUAAGUGUCCGCGUGUAUAGCCCACAUAACCCGCAUCACACAGGUCACAUUGAAAUUGAUAAACGACGCGUUGUUGGUUGACAAUCUGUGGCUUGAUUUCUCGUACUUUAAGAUCUUGGCUUACUUUGCGGCUAACAAAUACUGGCUGGACAGUUGUCUGCACCUUCAUGCUAAGAUUCUUGAGCUCUUUCUUAACAUAAUUUGCUGAUUCUUGAUCUUUGAAAGGUAUGACCACACGAACAAUGGAUAUUGGUUCUUUGGGCGUCUGUGUGGGCUGCGUACCAACAAUUCUUGAUUGUAAGAAGGUGUUAAUGGUAGAAUUUACCAGGCGCCCCGGGUAUUUAAGCCGUGCGAAAACUUUCUUUAGGCGAUCACACUCAUCAGAGAAAUGGGCCCAGGAGGAAGAUAAUCGGUGUGCGCGAUCCAGCAUAGUUUUCAGCAAGCUCCGUUUGUAGCGAUUGUCUACAUGGCUUUGGUAGUGUAAUAGUAGGCCCGUGUUUGUUGGUUUCACAUAUACCUUGGUUUCAAUCCGAGGUGCAUGGUUGAGUAGUUCGGUGCCAAGGAAAGGAAGCUUGCUGUUCUUCUCCACCUCCAUGGUGAAUUUGACCGAAGUGUGGGCGCUGUUGAGGGUAUGCAAGAAGGUAGUUGCUGUUGCUAGAUCAGGCAUUACAGUGAGUGUAUCAUCAACAUAUCGACGAUAAUAGGAUGGAAGUUUUCUUUGUCGCUCAAGGGUAUCUUCGAUGGAUGACAUGAAGACGUUUGCUAAUAAGGGCCCGAGAGGGGACCCCAUAGCAACGCCAUCUGUCUGUUCGUAUAGAGCUCCGUUAAAUUGAAAUAGUUGGCCUUUGGUGGCUACGUUUAGGAGGUCAAUAAGAUCUGUUCUGGUAAGGGCAAGAUUGUGAGUAGUAUUGAACCAAUUGUUCGAAAAGGCUCUGUUAACCAAGAUCUCUAUUGUUUCGUCCAAAGGCACGUUCGUGAAUAACGAGGAGACAUCAUACGAAACCAAGAUUUCACCCUUGUUGAUCUUCAGCUCGUGAAUCUCUUUUGUGAAAUCAAAAUUAUCAGUAACUGUAUACUGAUUAAGGGACAAGGGCUUCAAUUUCUCGUCGAGCCAUUUAGCAAGGGGAAAAUUGUACGUGUCGGUGGCUGAUAAUAUAGGCCUCAUAGCCAAUGGUUCUUUGUGGGUUUUGGCAACCCAUAUAAAUGUGCUAAUCUGGAACCUGUAGGGCUCACGGAAUCUGCAAUGGUCUUCGGUAGAAUUCUACGAACAAUGGAAUCUAGGAUCUUCUCUUUCUGUAGUAGGGGUGGUAAUAUUUGGAUGGUCUGCCCCUGGUCUUGGGUUUCUCCAGGGGAAUGGCACGGAACUUGCUUGUAUCAUUGACUGAGGCUUCAGAAAGUAAUCGCAAGUAUUCGGUUUUGUCUAGAACCACAACACAGACCCUUUGUCGGGUUUCGUGAUAACUAUGUCGUCGCGUCCUUUUAACUCCUCUAUAGCUCUCAACAAUGUCUUUGGAGGUUUCGGACUCUUGCGUUCGAUGUAAUUGAGUGCAACGAAACGUAACGUUGCUGCAGAUAAUUCCUUUAAAUUAUCAUCAUUGAGGUGGGGUUCAAGGCUCCAAUAGGCCUUUUCAAAGCUUGCUUUAACGUCCAUGGGAGACACACGUUGAGGAAUGGCAAAUGUUAAUCCUCGGCAAAGGACCAGUCUCUGAAAAAAAGGAGAGGUUGUAGGAUGAUAGGUUCAAAAUAUGUUCGUCAACAUCCAUUUCGAUGUUGAGCAGCCGUGAGAUCUUCUUCGUGUGAGUAUUCGUAACUUCCUGAUGAUAUUUCUUUUUAAGGCUAACCAUAGUGCGUAGAACGCAGGUGUAGCGAAGCAAACUACAGCUCCGGCGAAUCUCAUCGUAGAUGGAAUUGAUCGCGCGUUUUAGAUAAGCACUCUGUUUGAUCUUUCCAUUUAGUUCCUCAGAGAUGACAUUCCUUGUAAAGGUUUCGGAAGAGUGCUUCCAUUUAGAACGCCUUGCUUUGUCGACCUUAGCGAAAGUUGGAGUUAGGUCAAAGUUCUGACAGAGUCUGAGGAAUUCGAUUGAGCCAUCGCAGUUAAUCUGUUUCUUGCUGCAUUGUUCAAGUCUCCUGAACAAAUGUAGCUGAUUAUCGCGUUUUAAGAUUCUUAUCAAUAAGGAUUUAGAAAUGCAAAGACUAGCAAAAACUAACGAUAAAACCGACGUUUCGGUGUCAUCAUGACGCCAUUGUCAAGGAGAAAUAAAGAAUGAAGUUUGUGGCAAAAAGUGUAACAUUAAAUUAGCAUAAAUAUGUUACGAGCUAAUUAAACAAAUACUUUUGCGCGAAUUGAAUCGCUUUGCACGUUCAGAGUGGGUUUUAAGUCUCUGAUGAAAAGCAUUUCGUUCACCAAACAAUCGAACUUGUUACUACACUUUUCAGAAUGCUAAAACGUUUCAGUAGGUCUUUCGGGACUUCGCUGUGCUGUUCGUGGUAGUGUUUAUAUAUUGAAGAUGCCUUUCGUUUAUGUCCAUCCACGCGUGUGUGUAAGUGUCCGCGUGUAUAGCCCACAUAACCCGCAUCACACAGGUCACAUUGAAAUUGAUAAACGACGCGUUGUUGGUUGACAAUCUGUGGCUUGAUUUCUCGUACUUUAAGAUCUUGGCUUACUUUGCGGCUAACAAAUACUGGCUGGACAGUUGUCUGCACCUUCAUGCUAAGAUUCUUGAGCUCUUUCUUAACAUAAUUUGCUGAUUCUUGAUCUUUGAAAGGUAUGACCACACGAACAAUGGAUAUUGGUUCUUUGGGCGUCUGUGUGGGCUGCGUACCAAUUGUUCAAUUUUGUUAACAGAGCCUUUUCGAACAAUUGGUUCAAUACUACUCACAAUCUUGCCCUUACCAGAACAGAUCUUAUUGACCUCCUAAACGUAGCCACCAAAGGCCAACUAUUUCAAUUUAACGGAGCUCUAUACGAACAGACAGAUGGCGUUGCUAUGGGGUCCCCUCUCGGGCCCUUAUUAGCAAACGUCUUCAUGUCAUCCAUCGAAGAUACCCUUGAGCGACAAAGAAAACUUCCAUCCUAUUAUCGUCGAUAUGUUGAUGAUACACUCACUGUAAUGCCUGAUCUAGCAACAGCAACUACCUUCUUGCAUACCCUCAACAGCGCCCACACUUCGGUCAAAUUCACCAUGGAGGUGGAGAAGAACAGCAAGCUUCCUUUCCUUGGCACCGAACUACUCAACCAUGCACCUCAGAUUGAAACCAAGGUAUAUGUGAAACCAACAAACACGGGCCUACUAUUACACUACCAAAGCCAUGUAGACAAUCGCUACAAACGGAGCUUGCUGAAAACUAUGCUGGAUCGCGCACACCGAUUAUCUUCCUCCUGGGCCCAUUUCUCUGAUGAGUGUGAUCGCCUAAAGAAAGUUUUCGCACGGCUUAAAUACCCGGGGCGCCUGGUAAAUUCUACCAUUAACACCUUCUUACAAUCAAGAAUUGUUGGUACGCAGCCCACACAGACGCCCAAAGAACCAAUAUCCAUUGUUCGUGUGGUCAUACCUUUCAAAGAUCAAGAAUCAGCAAAUUAUGUUAAGAAAGAGCUCAAGAAUCUUAGCAUGAAGGUGCAGACAACUGUCCAGCCAGUAUUUGUUAGCCGCAAAGUAAGCCAAGAUCUUAAAGUACGAGAAAUCAAGCCACAGAUUGUCAACCAACAACGCGUCGUUUAUCAAUUUCAAUGUGACCUGUGUGAUGCGGGUUAUGUGGGCUAUACACGCGGACACUUACACACACGCGGGAUGGACAUAAACGAAAGGCAUCUUCAAUAUAUAAACACUACCACGAACAGCACAGCGAAGUCCCGAAAGACCUACUGAAACGUUUUAGCAUUCUGAAAAGUGUAGUAACAAGUUCGAUUGUUUGGUGAACGAAAUGCUUUUCAUCAGAGACUUAAAACCCACUCUGAACGUGCAAAGCGAUUCAAUUCGCGCAAAAGUAUUUGUUUAAUUAGCUCGUAACAUAUUUAUGCUAAUUUAAUGUUACACUUUGCCACAAACUUCAUUCUUUAUUUCUCCUUGACAAUGGCGUCAUGAUGACACCGAAACGUCGGUUUUUAUCGUUAGUUUUUGCUAGUCUUUGCAUUUCUAAAUCCUUAUUGAUAAGAAUCUUAAAACGCGAUAAUCAGCUACAUUUGUUCAGGAGACUUGAACAAUGCAGCAAGAAACAGAUUAACUGCGAUGGCUCAAUCGAAUUCCUCAGACUCUGUCAGAACUUUGACCUAACUCCAACUUUCGCUAAGGUCGACAAAGCAAGGCGUUCUAAAUGGAAGCACUCUUCCGAAACCUUUACAAGGAAUGUCAUCUCUGAGGAACUAAAUGGAAAGAUCAAACAGAGUGCUUAUCUAAAACGCGCGAUCAAUUCCAUCUACGAUGAGAUUCGCCGGAGUCGUAGUUUGCUUCGCUACACCUGCGUUCUACGCACUAUGGUUAGCCUUAAAAAGAAAUAUCAUCAGGAAGUUACGAAUACUCACACGAAGAAGAUCUCACGGCUGCUCAACAUCGAAAUGGAUGUUGACGAACAUAUUUUGAACCUAUCAUCCUACAACCUCUCCUUUUUCAGAGACUGGUCCUUUGCCGAGGAUUAACAUUUGCCAUUCCUCAACGUGUGUCUCCCAUGGACGUUAAAGCAAGCUUUGAAAAGGCCUAUUGGAGCCUUGAACCCCACCUCAAUGAUGAUAAUUUAAAGGAAUUAUCUGCAGCAACGUUACGUUUCGUUGCACUCAAUUACAUCGAACGCAAGAGUCCGAAACCUCCAAAGACAUUGUUGAGAGCUAUAGAGGAGUUAAAAGGACGCGACGACAUAGUUAUCACGAAACCCGACAAAGGGUCUGGUGUUGUGGUUCUAGACAAAACCGAAUACUUGCGAUUACUUUCUGAAGCCUCAGUCAAUGAUACAAGCAAGUUCCGUGCCAUUCCCCUGAGAAACCCAAGACCAGGGCAGACCAUCCAAAUAUUACCACCCCCUACUACAGAAAGAGAAGAUCCUAGAUUCCAUUGUUCGUAGAAUUCUACCGAAGACCAUUGCAGAUUCCGUGAGCCCUACAGGUUCCAGAUUAGCACAUUUAUAUGGGUUGCCAAAAACCCACAAAGAACCAUUGGCUAUGAGGCCUAUAUUAUCAGCCACCGACACGUACAAUUUUCCCCUUGCUAAAUGGCUCGACGAGAAAUUGAAGCCCUUGUCCCUUAAUCAGUAUACAGUUACUGAUAAUUUUGAUUUCACAAAAGAGAUUCACGAGCUGAAGAUCAACAAGGGUGAAAUCUUGGUUUCGUAUGAUGUCUCCUCGUUAUUCACGAACGUGCCUUUGGACGAAACAAUAGAGAUCUUGGUUAACAGAGCCUUUUCGAACAAUUGGUUCAAUACUACUCACAAUCUUGCCCUUACCAGAACAGAUCUUAUUGACCUCCUAAACGUAGCCACCAAAGGCCAACUAUUUCAAUUUAACGGAGCUCUAUACGAACAGACAGAUGGCGUUGCUAUGGGGUCCCCUCUCGGGCCCUUAUUAGCAAACGUCUUCAUGUCAUCCAUCGAAGAUACCCUUGAGCGACAAAGAAAACUUCCAUCCUAUUAUCGUCGAUAUGUUGAUGAUACACUCACUGUAAUGCCUGAUCUAGCAACAGCAACUACCUUCUUGCAUACCCUCAACAGCGCCCACACUUCGGUCAAAUUCACCAUGGAGGUGGAGAAGAACAGCAAGCUUCCUUUCCUUGGCACCGAACUACUCAACCAUGCACCUCGGAUUGAAACCAAGGUAUAUGUGAAACCAACAAACACGGGCCUACUAUUACACUACCAAAGCCAUGUAGACAAUCGCUACAAACGGAGCUUGCUGAAAACUAUGCUGGAUCGCGCACACCGAUUAUCUUCCUCCUGGGCCCAUUUCUCUGAUGAGUGUGAUCGCCUAAAGAAAGUUUUCGCACGGCUUAAAUACCCGGGGCGCCUGGUAAAUUCUACCAUUAACACCUUCUUACAAUCAAGAAUUGUUGGUACGCAGCCCACACAGACGCCCAAAGAACCAAUAUCCAUUGUUCGUGUGGUCAUACCUUUCAAAGAUCAAGAAUCAGCAAAUUAUGUUAAGAAAGAGCUCAAGAAUCUUAGCAUGAAGGUGCAGACAACUGUCCAGCCAGUAUUUGUUAGCCGCAAAGUAAGCCAAGAUCUUAAAGUACGAGAAAUCAAGCCACAGAUUGUCAACCAACAACGCGUCGUUUAUCAAUUUCAAUGUGACCUGUGUGAUGCGGGUUAUGUGGGCUAUACACGCGGACACUUACACACACGCGUGGAUGGACAUAAACGAAAGGCAUCUUCAAUAUAUAAACACUACCACGAACAGCACAGCGAAGUCCCGAAAGACCUACUGAAACGUUUUAGCAUUCUGAAAAAGUGUAGUAACAAGUUCGAUUGUUUGGUGAACGAAAUGCUUUUCAUCAGAGACUUAAAACCCACUCUGAACGUGCAAAGCGAUUCAAUUCGCGCAAAAGUAUUUGUUUAAUUAGCUCGUAACAUAUUUAUGCUAAUUUAAUGUUACACUUUGCCACAAACUUCAUUCUUUAUUUCUCCUUGACAAUGGCGUCAUGAUGACACCGAAACGUCGGUUUUUAUCGUUAGUUUUUGCUAGUCUUUGCAUUUCUAAAUCCUUAUUGAUAAGAAUCUUAAAACGCGAUAAUCAGCUACAUUUGUUCAGGAGACUUGAACAAUGCAGCAAGAAACAGAUUAACUGCGAUGGCUCAAUCGAAUUCCUCAGACUCUGUCAGAACUUUGACCUAACUCCAACUUUCGCUAAGGUCGACAAAGCAAGGCGUUCUAAAUGGAAGCACUCUUCCGAAACCUUUACAAGGAAUGUCAUCUCUGAGGAACUAAAUGGAAAGAUCAAACAGAGUGCUUAUCUAAAACGCGCGAUCAAUUCCAUCUACGAUGAGAUUCGCCGGAGCUGUAGUUUGCUUCGCUACACCUGCGUUCUACGCACUAUGGUUAGCCUUAAAAAGAAAUAUCAUCAGGAAGUUACGAAUACUCACACGAAGAAGAUCUCACGGCUGCUCAACAUCGAAAUGGAUGUUGACGAACAUAUUUUGAACCUAUCAUCCUACAACCUCUCCUUUUUUCAGAGACUGGUCCUUUGCCGAGGAUUAACAUUUGCCAUUCCUCAACGUGUGUCUCCCCUAUGGACGUUAAAGCAAGCUUUGAAAAGGCCUAUUGGAGCCUUGAACCCCACCUCAAUGAUGAUAAUUUAAAGGAAUUAUCUGCAGCAACGUUACGUUUCGUUGCACUCAAUUACAUCGAACGCAAGAGUCCGAAACCUCCAAAGACAUUGUUGAGAGCUAUAGAGGAGUUAAAAGGACGCGACGACAUAGUUAUCACGAAACCCGACAAAGGGUCUGGUGUUGUGGUUCUAGACAAAACCGAAUACUUGCGAUUACUUUCUGAAGCCUCAGUCAAUGAUACAAGCAAGUUCCGUGCCAUUCCCCUGAGAAACCCAAGACCAGGGGCAGACCAUCCAAAUAUUACCACCCCUACUACAGAAAGAGAAGAUCCUAGAUUCCAUUGUUCGUAGAAUUCUACCGAAGACCAUUGCAGAUUCCGUGAGCCCUACAGGUUCCAGAUUAGCACAUUUAUAUGGGUUGCCAAAACCCACAAAGAACCAUUGGCUAUGAGGCCUAUAUUAUCAGCCACCGACACGUACAAUUUUCCCCUUGCUAAAUGGCUCGACGAGAAAUUGAAGCCCUUGUCCCUUAAUCAGUAUACAGUUACUGAUAAUUUUGAUUUCACAAAAGAGAUUCACGAGCUGAAGAUCAACAAGGGUGAAAUCUUGGUUUCGUAUGAUGUCUCCUCGUUAUUCACGAACGUGCCUUUGGACGAAACAAUAGAGAUCUUGGUUAACAGAGCCUUUUCGAACAAUUGGUUCAAUACUACUCACAAUCUUGCCCUUACCAGAACAGAUCUUAUUGACCUCCUAAACGUAGCCACCAAAGGCCAACUAUUUCAAUUUAACGGAGCUCUAUACGAACAGACAGAUGGCGUUGCUAUGGGGUCCCCUCUCGGGCCCUUAUUAGCAAACGUCUUCAUGUCAUCCAUCGAAGAUACCCUUGAGCGACAAAGAAAACUUCCAUCCUAUUAUCGUCGAUAUGUUGAUGAUACACUCACUGUAAUGCCUGAUCUAGCAACAGCAACUACCUUCUUGCAUACCCUCAACAGCGCCCACACUUCGGUCAAAUUCACCAUGGAGGUGGAGAAGAACAGCAAGCUUCCUUUCCUUGGCACCGAACUACUCAACCAUGCACCUCGGAUUGAAACCAAGGUAUAUGUGAAACCAACAAACACGGGCCUACUAUUACACUACCAAAGCCAUGUAGACAAUCGCUACAAACGGAGCUUGCUGAAAACUAUGCUGGAUCGCGCACACCGAUUAUCUUCCUCCUGGGCCCAUUUCUCUGAUGAGUGUGAUCGCCUAAAGAAAGUUUUCGCACGGCUUAAAUACCCGGGGCGCCUGGUAAAUUCUACCAUUAACACCUUCUUACAAUCAAGAAUUGUUGGUACGCAGCCCACACAGACGCCCAAAGAACCAAUAUCCAUUGUUCGUGUGGUCAUACCUUUCAAAGAUCAAGAAUCAGCAAAUUAUGUUAAGAAAGAGCUCAAGAAUCUUAGCAUGAAGGUGCAGACAACUGUCCAGCCAGUAUUUGUUAGCCGCAAAGUAAGCCAAGAUCUUAAAGUACGAGAAAUCAAGCCACAGAUUGUCAACCAACAACGCGUCGUUUAUCAAUUUCAAUGUGACCUGUGUGAUGCGGGUUAUGUGGGCUAUACACGCGGACACUUACACACACGCGUGGAUGGACAUAAACGAAAGGCAUCUUCAAUAUAUAAACACUACCACGAACAGCACAGCGAAGUCCCGAAAGACCUACUGAAACGUUUUAGCAUUCUGAAAAAGUGUAGUAACAAGUUCGAUUGUUUGGUGAACGAAAUGCUUUUCAUCAGAGACUUAAAACCCACUCUGAACGUGCAAAGCGAUUCAAUUCGCGCAAAAGUAUUUGUUUAAUUAGCUCGUAACAUAUUUAUGCUAAUUUAAUGUUACACUUUGCCACAAACUUCAUUCUUUAUUUCUCCUUGACAAUGGCGUCAUGAUGACACCGAAACGUCGGUUUUUAUCGUUAGUUUUUGCUAGUCUUUGCUUAUCUGCCUUUGUUUGCUAAAUAUAGCCUGUCUGGUUUGACAAAUGUCAGGUUGCACUGUAAUAAAUUUCAUCCUCAUUGUAAUGUGCUUUUUGUUUUUGCUUUGAUUACAGCAAUGUUAUAUGGUUGCAGCAAUUCAAGAGCUCAGCAAGGAACCCAAUCACGAGAAUGUGAAACCUGCUGCCAGUUUCCAUGAAGCUUGUAACCUUCUUUUUGAAAAAGGACUUUUGAGCAAUCGCAGGAUUAAUAGUCUCCACAGCCCUGUUAUUGAAAAUAUCAAAAAAGGAAUGGCCUUUUUCAAGAAAUGGUGUCACAGCCAUGAGAAAACAGGU